AUGGUUGUGCUGAGUCGAGUUGGCUCGCCGACUAUGUCAGCAACUGUUGCCGGUAAUCAACAGCAACAGCAUCCACAUCAGGAGUGGGAUAUUAAUGACUCUAAUGUACCGAGGGUAGCUGAAUACGACACAUGGUCAGAAUGGGCCGACGGUCACGUGCGAAAAGUCUACGGGCCGGACUGCGAGGAGGCCCGAAGACAUGCGUCCGGUUGGGCAAUGCGUAAUACAAACAACCACAACGUCAGCAUCCUAAAGAAAUCGUGUCUCGGGGUUCUAGUAUGCUCGCAAGCUUGUGUUUUACCUGGAGGUGGUAGAGUUCACUUGAGACCGGCAAUUUGCGAUAAAGCCCGGAAAAAGCAACAGGGAAAACCGUGUCCCAACAGACAGUGCACGGGCAAACUCGAGGUUUUGUCGUGUCGAGGUCACUGCGGGUACCCUGUCACGCAUUUUUGGCGACACACAGAGCACGCGAUAUUCUUUCAAGCCAAGGGUCAACACGACCACCCGAGGCCGGAGGCCAAAUCAACGUCUGAGGCGAGACGAAGUGCAGGCGCCGUCCGGCGAGCUAGAGGAUUAGUCGCUUUACUCGCUCGUGACGCAGCACUUGGCUCAAAACUUAUGUCUCUCCGCGGCGGCACGAAACGACCGAACACCGAUCCACUGGAGCUCCCGCCAAGAACUGCCGCCCCACCCCCUCCACUCAUAUCUGACAAAGCAGGAUACUCUUGCUCCUGUCCACCGUUCGAGUGUGUCUGCGGCCUUCAAACGACACUCAGCCAUCCAUACCCCACCCAGCCACCACCGCAGCAGCACCAAGCAAACUUCUACCAACAGCAAACAAUCCCCCCAGAGACACCAUUCUGGCUUCAAGAACCGCAGCAGAAUCACCACGAAACGACUCUUGGCUACUGUCUCCCAAGUCAAGUCCCCCAGGAGCCCGCCUACCCAGACUUUCCGGUCUUCCAGGGUGAGCUCUUCCAGCCCGAGGAGAUAUUUCAGCUGGAUCAGCCUCUGAGACAGGAUUUUCAAAGCUCCCAGGAGGCCGCCACCCGAUCUCCACCAAGCCUCCUCGACCUCGGUAGUGGCAUAAUCAAAUACCAAGUUUCAAAACAGCCCCAGGAAGCUUACUGGCAUCAACUUCUGAGCGAUGAUUCCAGUAGUAGUCACUUGAGCCUUUCCCAGGCGAAUAAUCACGACGAGAGGCUUCAAUUCGCGACGUUUGAGUGCUCUCGAACAUGUUCCAAUGAACCAAUUCCCUACAGCUGCGAAAAACUAUCUAAAGAAGAAGAAGAAGAAGAAGGAGAAGGAGAAGAGGCAAAAAAACAUGACGAGCAAUCGAGCUAUUGGCUGUCCGACAGUCGUGCAGACUUUUCUCAUUACGACGACAAAACAAUGACCUGUGGAAUGAGCAAAAAUCAUCUUGAAGAUUAUCAGAAGGAGAUUGAGACUGCAAUACAUCCUAGUCAAAGUCCAAAUACUCAAAAUACCCCUGUUUUCACAAACUUCGAUAAUUACCACCAAAUAAUCGACACUAAUGUCACGAAAAGCCCUGGCAUCGGUGACCGAUUGUUCCCAGAAUCCAAUGACGGGACGAUUCAACAUCCCCACUCAAGCCCCGAGCCUUAUUUCUACCCUAAUAACGAUCGCUGUCAUUACACUUGCCAAGUGGUUGACACAAGACUCCCCCAAAUUCAACUGCCCCCGAGUAAUUCCGGUAAUUACGACGUUUCUGACAUUGAAAUACCCCAGUUUGUCGAUUACACACUGGUCGGUAUGUUGUGCAAUUCUGGUGAUGAUAAUUUAGCGAAUAAUAAUGUACUUUUGCCCAACUGUCAACAAUCGCCCCACCAGGCGUACGUACAAAAUCAUUAG